GGAGAAAAGUGUUUCUAGUGUGAGUAAAAGUGUUAGUGUUCUUGAUUUUUCUGGCAAGGACAAGUCUGGUAGUGCCAAACCACCCAGAAGGCUCUCAAUUCCUACCAAAGCAGCAGCCACUUCAAGGCCCAAGAUGGGCAACAUUACCCCAAUCUCAGAGAUUAGAACAGUGAGGAGCUCUUUUGGUCAAGGCAGAAGCAAAACACCCAUUCCUGACAAUUCCAAGACCUCAACCAAAAUAAAGUCAAAUCUUCUAACUUCGGCUUCAUAUUGGUUAAACCAGAUCAAGCUCUCUGAAUCUGCUGCCAGGCACUCAAUUUCACUUGGCUUCUUCAAAUUAGCUUUGGAGGCAGGAUGUGAGCCUCUAGGGCCAAUGCAAGAGGGGCUAAAAUCUUAUGUGAGGAGACAUCAGCUUGAUGGCCUUGGAGAAACUGUGAAAGCACUGUUUGAGAUCUAUAACAUCUCAGAAAACAUGGAGCAGUUGCAGGUGUCUGAAACUAUUUCACAUGUGCCAGAAGAGGGGACUCGGUCUUCUGAUGAUGAUGUGCAUAGCUCUUCUUUGGGGAUUAGAAAACUGAAACCUAAAAGCUUAAACAUUGAUUCUACUCAAGUCACACCUGCAGCAGAGUCAACUAAGAAAGAGACAUGUAAAAAGAGUAAUCCUGGACCCAGGUUGAGAGGUUCUACUUCUUAUGCUACUACUUUGGUGGUGCCCAAAGUAGACAACCAAAAUAAUAGGUUGGUGAAAAAAUCUGAGAAGCCAAGCAAGCAAGAACCUAGUAAGGAAAAGGGCAUGGUAAAGAGGCAGGGAAAGAAAUCUGAUGUUAAAGAAGUUACAGUUAGCACACCAAAGGGCAACAAAGAAAAUGUGGAUGCUCAGAUUACUGAAGAAAUCAGCGUGACAGAAGUCGUGUAAGCAAUCUCAUGAGAUUUUGCAUUUCUGAAAUUUUGUGAUUCCCAACUUGAAGUUUGCCCGGGGUGUUCUGUGUGGAGCGUGCUUUUGUAAUUUGUAUAGGCUGCAUUUCUCUUCGCUUGGUCACUUGGCAUAUUUUGUGUCCUGUUAUUAUUACACACUUGCUAAUCAAACCAUACUGUAUUGAAUGUUAUUGUUUGUGUCUAUAGAUGAUUCCAUAAUAUUUGUCAAGGCAAGACAUUUGUUCGACAUAUAACUGUAUUUUCUUUGUCCGCAUUAGUCGUAAAUUUAUGUGAAUCUAUUUUCUGAUCCUUCAUG